AUGGCAUAUCUCCUACUUUAUUUGGACGACAUUGUCCUCACCGCAUCAUCUACCUCGCUGCUCCAAGUGCUCAUCAACCAGCUACACUCUGCCUUUGCCAUGAAGGACCUCGGGCCACUUCAUUUUUUCCUUGGCAUUCAAGUGUGUCACACAGAUGUUGGGUUCUUCCUAUCACAAGAACAGUAUGCAGAGGCGAUCCUUGACCAUGCUGGCAUGUCUCACUACAAGCCUGCGUCGACACCAGUCGACACAAAACCAAAGGUCUCAGCCUCCAUGGGUAAGCUCGCCACUAAUGCUUCGUUCUUCCGCAGCAUCGUCGGCGCGCUCCAAUACCUCACGCUGACGCGACCAGACCUUGCAUACGUGGUGCAUCAGGUUUGUCUUCAUAUGCAUGUGCCACGUGAUGUGCAUUGGACUCUCAUGAAGCGUAUCCCGCGCUACCUUCGUGGCACAAUGGAACAUGGGCUUUAA